UCACUUUUAGCAUGAAGGGACUCAUCCUGGCCCUGGUGUUCGCCCUCGUGGAGGGCCAGAAGCAGGACCUUGAGCCUGUUUUUCAUAUGGGCAAGACCUACCUGUACAGCUAUGAGAGUGUCAUUGUGCAUGGGCUCCCUGACAGAAGCCUGGCCAUGGCAGGGCUGAGGCUGGCCAGCAAGGUGGAGAUCAGCCGCGUGUCUCACAGCGACCACCUUCUGCAGAUUCAAUCACCAAAGCUGGAGGAACAAAAUGGCUUCUGGCCCAUUGACUCCUUCAUUCCAUCUCCGAAGCUCUCAGAAACCAUUGCUGCAUGUCUCAGCCAGCCCUUUAAGUUUGAAUACACUGAAGGAAGGGUUGGAAGUAUUUUUGCUCCUGAGGACUGUCCCAUUCUGUGCACUAACUUAGUGAGAGGGAUUCUGAACAUGCUGCAGAUAACCAUCAAAAAGUCACAAAAUGUGUAUGAGCUACAGGAGGCUGGGAUUGAAGGCAUCUGCCAGACCAGGUACGUUAUCCAGGACGACACCAAGAAUAACCGUGCCACCGUUUCCAAAAGCAAGGACCUGACAGACUGCCAGGAUAAAGCAGUGAAGAACCUGGGAAUGGCACACCUCCGGCCCUGCCCCACCUGUCCCCUGAAAGCCAGGAACAUCAAGGGCACAGUGACAUUCACUUACAAGAUGAAGUAUGACGACAGCGGGGCAUCGCUGACAUCCGCUACGUCAGACCAGGUGUACCAGAUCUCUCCUUUCAAUGAGCCCAACGGGGCAGUAGUCAUGGAGGCAAGACAAGAGCUGUCUUUGGUCGGCAUUAAAAGGCCUCCUAUCAGUGCACCAACAUCUCCACUGCAAAAACAGGGGAGUCUUCGUUACCAUUUCUCAGGAGAGCUACUCCAGAUGCCAAUUCCCCUAAUAAGGAUUAAAAAUCCAGAUUUACAGUUAACAGAGACGCUGCGGCAAUUAGUUCAGAAUAACGAGAAAGGAGCCACCAAAGAAGCUUCAGCCAAGUUCUUACAAAUGGUCCAGCUUUUUCGUGUAGCAACCCUCGAUCAAAUCGAGUCUUUGUGGCUGCAGUUUGUCAAUGAACUCGCCUACAGGCCCUGGUUCCUCAGUGCCAUCUGUGCUGCUGGAGCCACUGACACGUUCAGGUUCCUGAAGCAAAAAAUCCAUGACGAGAAGCUGAACAUCUGGGAGGCAGCAGCGACUCUCCCUCUCGCCUUCCAUUUUGUUACACCAAACAAAAAAACCCUGGAAAUUGCCUCAACUUUUCUGACCUGUCCCCAAAUCCAGAAAGUACUGAUGCAUAGGAUAAUUGUUUACCUAGGAUAUGGUAGCAUGGUGAAUAAAUACUGUGCUCAGGCCUUACUAUGUCCAAAUGAACUUCUUCAGCCACUCCACGACCUUGCUACUGAAGCCACCAGCAAAGGUGAUGCCAAGGACAUGUCCUUGGCCCUGAAAGCAAUGGGCAAUGCAGGAGAGCCAGCUAGUAUCAAACGCAUCCUGAAGUUUUUGCCAACGUUUUCCUCAGCUGCAGCUUCAUUACCAAACAGAAUUCAUGUUGAUGCUGUGUUGGCCUUAAGGAAAAUUGCAAGAAAAGACCCUGCAAAAGUGAGGGAGAUCACUCUGCAGGUCUUUCUGGACAGCACGCUUGCUCCAAAUGUCCGAAUGGUGGCUUGUGUUGUUCUCUUCGAAACCAAGCCUGCUCUUCCAACAGUAGCAGCCCUUGCCAGCUCGCUGCUGACAGAGCCCAGCCUGCAAGUAGCCAGUUUUGCAUAUUCACACAUGAAGGCUUUGGCAGCAGGCAAGAUCCCACAGCUCUAUAAACUAUCUGCUGCUUGCAACAUUGCCAUUAAACUGCUGGGCCCCAGACUUGACAGGCUGAGCUAUCGCUACAGCAAGGUCAUUCAGAUCAGCGACUACUCCUCUCAGUAUCAGGCUGGUGCCAUUUGGAGAGUCUAUCUAAUGAACAGUCCCAGCACCAUGUUUCCAUCCGAUAUAAUCACAAAAGUAAGAGGAUAUUAUGCAAACACUGCAAUGGAUAUUAUUGAGGUGGCUUUCCGGUCACAAAGCCUAAGCAAGCUGAUGAGGAAGCAGAACAUUCCCUUUGCUGAGUAUGACACGUACAAGACCCUGAAGGAGCUGGGCAAAUCGCUUCUGGGAUGGAAAGAACUGCCAGCUGAAGACCCCCUGAUAUCUGCUUACAUCAAAGUGUUGGGUCAAGAGAUUGCCUUUGUUGACAUUGACAAAGAUGCCAUUCAACAGAUGAUGACGAGUCUAGCUGGAUCAUCAGACUGGCAGCCAGUGGUAAAAAAGGUGGUGGAAGAGGUGCAGAGAGGCGUCUCAGGCCGAUGGGCCGUGCCAGUGAUGGUGGGUGAGGUGCGGCACAUCGUCCCCACCAUCGCCGGGCUGCCGCUGGAGCUCGGGCUGGGCGCGGCCGCCGUGGCCCAGGCUGCGGCCGACGUGGAUGUAAAGCUAUCACCAGCAGUAGCUGACAAUUUUAGACCAUCACAGCUCUGGGAAACCAAGAUGGAUAUUCAUGCUGACAUCAGGCCAAAAGCAUAUUUUCAUAUUAUUGCAAUGAUGGGGAUUAAUACUCAGUACCUUCAGAGUGGUUUUGAAUUUCAUGCAGAGUUCAGUGCCAACACUACAAUGAAAUUUGAUGCCAGGAUAAAUAUGAAAGAGAAAAAUUUGAAGAUUGAAACCCUUCCCUGCCAGCAAGAGGUUGAGCUUGCAGCUGUGAGGAGUGAAGUUUAUGCUAUUUCAAGGAACAUGGAAGAAGUAGAUUUUGAAAAGAAAUCCCAGAUCGUCCCCAAAGCAGAAAUACCAAAUAUCUCUGACCAACUAUUGCAGUCAACAGAAGGAUCUUCAAAACCUGGUAGCUGGAAGCAAAGCAGCAUACCUAAUGUGAUAUCCAAAGGAUACCAGCAAGAUCCAGAAGAGGUAUAUCACAACAGUGCAGGAAGAAGAUUUUAUGCACGCAGGUUCUGUAAAAAAUUUGAAAGUUUGGGAUGUUCUACGUGCCUCAGCCUUAAAUCACAAAAUUCUGCUUUCUUAAGAAAUACCUACCUGCACAAAUUAUUUGGAGAAUUUGAAGCCAAAGUAAUUUUAAAGCCAGUUUCUACAGAUGCUGAUAUUGACAAAAUACAGCUGGAGGUUCAAGCGGGACCCAAAGCAGCUUCAAAAAUAAUUGAGGUGUCAAGCUCAGGGUCAAAGGAAGAGGAAGAGACAUCUCCAUUCCAGGACAUUCGAGCUAAACUGAAGAAGAUUCUAGGCAUUGACAAUGUGUUCAUGGCUGCAAAUAAAACACGGCGCCGCACAAAACGGAUUAACCGGGAGUACCAGACUGCAGAUACCGGCCUCUGGGCAGAGCCCAGCACAUCCCUCCUCUCCAGCUCAUCCUCUUCCUCUGCUGCUUCCUCUGCUGAUGGCACAGAGCCUGGAGAUCAUCACAGGAAAGAUGAAAUAAGGCAAUCUGGGACGGAGCGUGGCAGCAGGAGCAGGAGCAGCAGUGGGAGCUCUGCCAGCAGCAAAGCAUGCAGCAGCAGCCAGGCAGACCACUCUGGGGACAGGCACUGCAGUGGGGACAGUGAAUAUUCCAACCAACAGGCAAACCCACCUGUUUACCAGCUUUUGUUUAAGCCAGCAGAUGAACAGGACACAGGAGGGGAAAUCCUGAACAUCAGCAUCAGCUCUUCCUCUUCCUCAUCUAGUGAUGAAGAUGUCUCUAGAGCGAUGUCUCAGCCUAAAUUCUUGGGAGACAGCAAGCCACCAGUACUGGCUGCAGUUCUUUGUGCCAUCCACAGAAACAAGCAGCAAACAGGAUUGCAGCUUGUCCUGUACACUGAUACACAGCCCAAGAGGUGGAGAAUGCAGAUGUUUGGUUCAAGCAUCACAGGACCCAGCAGAUGGAAACUCUGUGCUGAUGCUUCAGUAAUAAAUUAUCGAAAAGUAUCAGGCUCUCUUAAAUGGGGUAAAGAUUGCCAGGACUACCAGAUUGCUACUCAGAUUGCAACAGGGCAAUUUGCUGUUUAUCCAGCUAUGCAGAUGAAGCUGGAGUGGCUAAAAGUGCCUUCAAUAAUCCGAACAACUGCAAGAUGGGUUUACUCAUUUCUUCCAGGAGCUGCCUAUAUGCUUGGGUUCUCCCAAAGGCAACAGCCUGGUCCCUCUCACCAGGCAACCUUGGUUAUGGCUUUGACAUCCCCAAGAACCUGUGAUGUUGUCUUUAAGAUGCCAGAGCUCACAAUUUAUGACACGGCCAUCAGUCUCCCCCUGCCAGUCCCUUCACAUCCGGGUACGAUGAUCACAUUUCCAUCCUCUGACUGGAAGGUCUUUUCCCAAGCAACACUUUCAGUCUUUGAAAGUCUUAAAGGUCAUUGUACAGUUUUCCAAAAUAAGAUCACAACCUUCAAUGGUGUUGAAUUUAACUAUUCAAUGCCUGCAAAUUGCUACCAUGUCUUGGUGCAGGACUGUAGUCCAGAGCUUAAAUUCCUGGUGAUGGUGAAAAGACUUGAAGAGUCCGCUGACCUUAUAGCAAUAAAUGUCAGACUCGCCAGCCAUGAGGUUGACAUGUAUGUUUCCAAUGGACUCAUCCAGUUGAAGAUUAAUGGUGUCCAAGCCCCAAGAGGUCUUCCAUACACAUCUAAUUCUGCUGCAAGCAUGCUGAUCAGCAGUGAAAAGAAAGGACUGACACUAAAAGCCCCAGAUUAUGGCAUAGAUAAACUUUAUUAUGAUGGGCAUAGACUUGAGGUUCAAGUUGCUUUCUGGAUGGCUGGAAAAACAUGUGGCAUUUGUGGAAAAUAUGAUGCUGAGACGGAAAGAGAAUAUCAAACGCCCAGUGGAUAUUUAGCUAAAGAUGCUGUGAGUUUUGGUCACUCUUGGAUCAUCUCAGAAGACCCCUGUGCUGGAGCUUGUAAGCUGCAGCGCAAACUUGUCAAAAGUGAGAAGCCAGUUUCAUUUGAGAAGACAGCAGCAAAAUGCUUCUCUGUGGAGCCAGUCCUUCGCUGUGUAAAAGGCUGCUCAGCAACCCAGACUGUUCCCGUGUCCGUGGGCUUCCACUGCGUUCCAGCCGACUCCGCUCUCAGCCUGGACGGGCAGCCCAGGCUGGACCAGAAAUCCGAGGAUGCCGUGAGCACUGUCUCCGCUCACACCGCGUGUUCCUGCCAGCAGCAGUGCCCGGCCUGAACCCGCACGGACCCGCUCCGGGCCAGCUCGGGCUGGCUCUGGCAGCGGGGAUGAGCCGCGUCCUCCCCGGCAGACCGCUCCGCUUCUUCUGCUGGAGAUCUUGGAAACACCCCGGGCACGCGUUCCCGGAUGAGCUUUCAAUAAACAGCUGCUCAGUGAACGCGCUCGGCCGAGCUCAU